AGGGCGGCAGGACUAUGAUCUCCUGGUGAUUGGCGGGGGAUCUGGUGGCCUGGCCUGUGCCAAGGAAGCUGCUCAGCUGGGAAAGAAGGUGGCCGUGGUAGACUACGUGGAGCCUUCCCCCCGAGGUACCAGAUGGGGCCUCGGCGGCACAUGUGUGAAUGUUGGCUGCAUCCCCAAGAAGCUGAUGCACCAGGCAGCGCUGCUGGGGGGCAUGAUCCGAGAUGCCACCCACUAUGGCUGGGCCAUCCAGCCGGUCCUGCAUGACUGGGGGACGAUGGCAGAGGCCGUGCAGAACCACGUGAAGUCCCUGAACUGGGGGCACCGGGUCCAGCUGCAGGACAGAAAAGUCAAGUACUUUAACGUCAAGGCCAGCUUUGUCAACGAGCACACGGUUUGCAGUGUUGCUAAAGAUGGGAAAGAGACUCUGCUUUCAGCUGAGCACAUCGUCAUUGCUACUGGAGGGCGGCCGAGGUACCCCACCCACAUCGAAGGUGCCUUGGAAUAUGGAAUUACAAGUGACGACAUCUUCUGGCUGAAGGAAUCCCCUGGAAAAACGUUGGUGGUCGGGGCCAGCUAUGUGGCCCUGGAGUGUGCUGGCUUCCUCACUGGGCUCGGACUGGACACCACCGUCAUGAUAAGAAGCAUCCCCCUCCGGGGCUUUGACCAGCAAAUGUCUUCCUUGGUCACGGAAUACAUGGCCUCUCAAGGCACCCAGUUCCUGAGAGGCUGUACCCCCUCAAGAGUGCGGAGGCUCCCAGAUGGCCAGCUCCAGGUUACCUGGGAAGACCUCACCUCCGGCAAGGAGGACGUGGGCACCUUCAACACUGUCCUGUGGGCCACAGGUCGAAUUCCAGAAACCAGAAGUCUGAAUCUAGAGAAGGCUGGAGUGAAAAUCAACCCCAACAGUCAGAAAAUCCUGGUCGAUGCUCAGGAAACCACCUCCGUCCCCCACAUUUAUGCCAUCGGAGACGUAGCAGAGGGGCGGCCCGAGCUGACACCCACGGCUGUAAUGGCAGGAAAGCUCCUGGCCCGGCGGCUGUGCGGUCAGUCCUCAGACGUGAUGGACUACGACAACGUCCCCACCACAGUCUUCACCCCGCUGGAGUAUGGCUGUGUGGGGCUGUCGGAGGAGGAGGCCGUGGCUCGCCACGGAGAAGAGCAUGUGGAGGUUUAUCAUGCGUAUUAUAAACCACUGGAGUUCACAGUGGCUCAACGGGAUGCAUCCCAGUGUUACAUAAAGAUGGUGUGCCUGCGGAAGCCCCCACAGCUGGUACUGGGCCUGCACUUCCUCGGCCCCAACGCAGGCGAAGUGACUCAAGGAUUUGCUCUGGGGAUCAAGUGUGGGGCCUCCUACGUGCAGCUGAUGCAGACAGUGGGCAUCCACCCCACCUGCGCCGAGGAGGUGGCCAAGCUGCGUAUCUCCAAGCGCUCGGGCCUAGACCCCACUGUGACGGGCUGCUGAGGCUAAGCAUCCAUCCCUGCCAGACCAAGGGCACGCGGCUCACCUGCAGCCCCCCACAGCCAGGUUCUUCGGAGGCUCAGAGCCAGGACGCCGGAGCCUGAGCCCAGGCAAGCCUCACCCCCGUCUGGAGAGCCCCUGAGGUAGUCGGCGUGGGUGGCCUCUGGAUGGACUGGUCGCGUGCCCCUGCAGGGAUGGCUCCAGGGGUCGUCAGCCCCUGCCCCUCGCACACCCUCCAGCCUGGGCCAGCCCCACCAGGCCCCUGAGGCCAGAAGAUGACGGUGUGCGCAGAAACCCACCCUGUGGGCUGCCCACAUCCGAACCCCCCUGGCAUUUCUGGAGCGUAAAUAAAGAGGGUGUUUUCCUGA